AUGAACUACUCCUCCAGCAACGUGCAACUGAAAAGAUCACCUUCCCUGAUAUGUGGACCAACACCUGCUGCUCCCAUCCUCUCGGCAUACCGGGCGAAGGAGGAUCUGAAUUGGCUGAAGCUGUCAUGGGAGUGA